AUGAUCGUUUCGAUGCGGUUACAGACGGAGCUCUCGCAAAAUCUGCAACAGCUGUCGGAAAGAGCUCGUUCGACGACAGAAUUCAUUCAGAGGCUCAAAGGAAUGACGGACAAAGUGCACGAGGAGUGCGUUGCAUUAGAGGAAGAGGUAGAGGAUAGGGUGGCGAAUUUGGUGAGUCUUUUGCAGGCGAGGAAAUCUCGGUUAAUCGAAGCAGCCCGGCAAACCCGCGAGGCGAGGGUGCGUUCUUUGCGGGACCAAGUAGCCAGAUGCGCGUCUCAUCUGCAGGCGACCACGGCGCUUCUCACUUUCUGUAUCGAAGCUCUGAAGGAGAACGAUAGUGCAGCCUUCCUCCAAAUCGGCGGCAUGCUCUCGGUUAGAGCUGCUACUGCUGCUGGCUCGUGGGGCGGCGCAGAGGGUGUUCAAGAAAUUGCUCGGCUACCGUUGCUCGAUCUUACACUGGAUGACAAACCGUUGCGUCGUGCUAUCGAUCAACUUACAUUUGUUCAGUUGAAACCCCCCGGAGCGCCGAUAUUGAUACCGGAAGAGUGCAGCGCGGAGAACAACAGCGUGACAGUCGCUUGGCAACCUCCACCUGGACACGGAAUCGUUGGGUGCGCCGGUCAACGAGGUCCCGCCAUCGAAGGGUACUUACUGGAACUGGAUGAUGGGUGCGGUGGCGAGUUCAGGGAAGUGUACUGCGGCCGAGAGACGAUCUGCACCGUGGACGGAUUGCAUUUCAAUUCUCUCUACAAUGCCAGAGUGAGGGCAUUUAACAGCGCCGGUGAAGGCGAGUACUCGGAGUUGAUCGGGCUUCAGACCGCCGAGGAGAGGGGGAUCCUUUGUUGGACAGUGGCGUGGUUCUCGUGGGCAACCGGGGCCUCCGGUAUACCACAGGAGGUAUCAAUUUCCGAGGACGCGAUGAGCGCAUCCUGCGAGGGAUACGAGCACCGAGUCGUCCUAUCGAGCGUCGGAUUUUCACGGGGCGUUCAUUAUUGGGAGCUGACGAUCGAUCGUUAUCACAGCGACACAGAUCCAGCGUUUGGCAUAGCCAGGGCCGAAGUAUCGCGGGAUCGAAUGCUCGGCAAGGACGACAAAGGUUGGAGCAUGUACAUAGAUCGGCAACGUUCUUGGUUCAUGCACGGCGGAGGACACGCGCAAAGGACCGAAGGUGGCGUGCAACAGGGCUCGACGGUGGGCGUCCUCUUGGAUCUGGACACCACGCACACGCUUCGUUUCUUUGUCAACGAUCAGCCACAAGGUGGAAUCGCGUUCCGCGAUCUGUACGGCGUGUUCUAUCCAGCUGUUAGCUUGAACCGCGGCGUGACUGUCACCUUGCACACGGCGUUGGACGUGCCUCGUCAUCUGUUGGCGUUGCACGAGGAAUACAUGACGGACACGGUUCAAAGCUAG